AUGACAACCAACGGCGCCCCGACGGCGCUCCCCACGCCCUCCCUAUCCACCCGCGCCCUGCACGCGGACCACCCGGACCACACGACGCACCCGAACUACCCUGUCGCCCCCGCCCUCAGCCUAUCCACCACCUUCCGAUCCCCCCACCCUCACUCCUCGGAUGCAGCCCUGCUCGAAUCAGCCAUGCGUGGCGAGGCGUCGCUCGAUAUGCAGGACCCCUCCUUCCACAUCUACUCGCGCUACUCCUCGUCGACCAACCUCCGCGCUGAGAAGGUGCUUUCGCAGAUCAUGGGCGCCCAUGCGCUCACCUACAGCUCCGGGCUUAGUGCGAGCUAUGCUGCGCUGACCUUCUACGCUCCUCGUGUUGUCGCCAUUCGCCGCGGCUACCACGGCGUGCAUGUUGGGCUGGACGUCUAUUCCCGCGGUCGAGAGGUCAAAGUCAUCGAUCUCGACGACGACUACUCCGCCGCUAUGGAGGGUAUCGACCCCACCUCCACCGGCAAAGGCGGACUGCUAGUGUGGGUGGAAACCCCCCUCAACCCGUCCGGCGAAGCCCGCGAUCUGUCCAAAUACGUCCGUCUCGCCCAGGCCGUCAACGCCCCUGUCGUAGUCGAUAGCACCUUCGCCCCUCCCCCCCUGCAAGACCCCUUCACCCAGGGAGCGGAUAUGGUCAUGCACUCGGGCACCAAGUACUUCGGCGGUCACUCGGACCUCCUCUGUGGUGUGCUUGCGGUGAAGGACAAGAAGUCGUGGGAUGGGUUGUGGAGCGAUCGAACGUAUUUGGGUAGUACGCUGGGGAGUAUGGAGAGCUACCUGUUGUUGCGGAGUUUGCGAACGUUGACUGUUCGGGUGGCGAAGCAGAGUGCGACCGCAACGGAGUUGGCGAAGUGGCUGCACUCGCUCACGCUUCCAGACGGACCCGUGGAGGAGGAGGACGAGGCGUGGGGGAAGGGCAAGGUGGUGGGUCGAACAACACAUUCCUCGCUCCAACCGCGCACCCCGGAACCUGGAUCGAAAGAAGAUCCCUCCUUCGAUCCAUCCACCCAAAUGCCAGGAGGUCACGCUCCUACCUUCGCGUUCCGAACCACCAACCCAGCGUACGCAACGUGGAUCCCCCACCUCACAGAGUACUUUACGCCAGCAACCAGUCUCGGCGGCGUAGAGAGCCUCUUGGAGCACCGGGUCAAGAGCGAUGCCAAGGAGGAUCCGAGGGUGGUGCGCGUCAGUGUGGGGCUGGAGGACGUAGGGGAUCUCAAGGCGGAUCUGCGUGGGGCGUUUGGGAGGGUGUUGCAGAUGGAGAAGGAGGGCAAGCUCAAGUGA